GCAAGUUACCGCCCACUCGCUCCAGCGCCCUUGGCUCCCGGCUACUCUUCAGAUCGGAUGCUGCGAAUGGUUUUGGCUGUAUCUUCAUGUAGGACCUACUGCCUAUCCUGCCGGCCGCGGCUGGGAUUCAUCACCAGGCCUCCUCAGCAACUUCUGUCCCUUCUUCUGUGUCCCGGACUCCGGAUACCUCGACUCUCGGUACAUUGUGCUCAGCCCAGGCCCAGAGCCAUGGCUAGCUCCUCUUCCUCCUGGGAACUGCCCCUGGUGGCUGUAUGCCAGGUAACAUCCACACCAGACAAGCAACAGAACUUUAAAAUAUGUGCUGAGCUGGUUCGAGAAGCUGCCAGACUGGGUGCUUGCCUGGCUUUCCUACCUGAGGCAUUUGACUUCAUUGCACGAGACCCUGCAGAGACGCUGCACCUGUCUGAGCCACUGGGUGGGACUCUUUUGGGAGAAUAUACCCAGCUUGCCAGGGAAUGUGGACUCUGGCUGUCCUUGGGUGGUUUCCAUGAGCGUGGCCAAGACUGGGAGCAGACUCAGAAAAUCUACAAUUGUCAUGUGCUUCUGAACAGCAAGGGAUCAGUAGUGGCCACUUACAGGAAGACACAUUUGUGUGAUGUAGAGAUUCCAGGGCAGGGGCCUAUGCGCGAAAGCAACUCUACCAUGCCUGGGCCCACUCUGGAGUCACCUGUCAGCACACCAGCAGGCAAGAUUGGUCUAGCUAUCUGCUAUGACAUGCGAUUCCCUGAACUCUCUCUGUCAUUGGCUCAAGCUGGAGCAGAAAUACUUACCUACCCUUCAGCUUUUGGAUCUGUUACAGGCCCAGCCCAUUGGGAGGUAUUGUUGCGGGCCCGUGCCAUUGAAACCCAGUGCUAUGUAGUGGCAGCUGCACAAUGUGGACGCCACCAUGAGAAGAGAGCAAGUUAUGGCCACAGCAUGGUGGUAGACCCCUGGGGAACAGUGGUGGCCCGCUGCUCUGAGGGGCCAGGUCUCUGCCUUGCCCGGAUCGACCUCAACUAUCUGCGACAGUUACGCCAACACCUGCCUGUAUUCCAGCACCGCAGGCCUGAUCUCUAUGGCAAUCUGGGCCACCUGCUGUCUUAAGACUUAACAUCUGUGAGUUGAGACCCCAUGUUAGCUGGUGUUGCUAUGUCUUUAGAGGCUGGACCCAGGCAGAGCUCCCCUCACUUGGAGAACCUUGACUUUUGAUGGAACACAGGCUCAGCUUAUUGGGAAAGAAACUUUCACCUGAGCUCAGAUUUCAGUUUCAGAAAGGUGGAAUUUUUAGUCAUUGUUUAUUUCAUGAAAACUGAAGUUAUGCUGAGGGCUGAGCAGCACUGGCAUUGAAAAAAUAUAUAAUCAUCAGAAAGUC